AGGAACUCGGUCACCGCCCCAGCCCCCCUCCGCUUUAUCCGUUGUUUGGGGAAUAGUCUGUCUCAUCGAAACAGUCUUAACCGAAACUCUACAGUUAGAUAGUGCUAGAGAAUCUUUUAACAUAUUUGGUAUUGACUUUUGGGAUUGUUUCUCAAGUGGAAAGAACUUCGCCGUAGUGUCGGCAGACAAGAGCACAACUGAACGGAGCGCGUGAGGUGAGGAAAACUUUUGAGAAAACAAGACACAAUGACGAGCAUCAACACAGCUAACAUCAACUUCAAAUGGGACCCUAAGAGUCUAGAGAUUCGUACUCUGGCAGUGGAGAGGCUACUGGAGCCUCUUGUCACCCAGGUCACCACCUUGGUUAAUUCCAGCAACAAAGGUCCAUCUAACAAGAAGAAAGGACGUUCUAAGAAGGCUCAUGUUUUGGCUGCGUCAGUAGAGACGGCUACUCAGAACUUCCUUGAGAAAGGAGAAAAGAUUGCAAAGGAAAGCCAGUUCCUUAAGGAUGAGCUGACUGCUGCAGUGGAGGAUGUCCGCAAGCAAGGUGAGUCAAUGCGACUGGCUUCUGGAGAAUUUGCAGAAGACCCAUGCUCUUCUGUAAAGAGGGGCAAUAUGGUCCGUGCUGCCAGGGCCCUCCUUUCAGCUGUUACACAUCUGUUGGUGCUGGCAGACAUGUCUGAUGUCUACAAACUACUACUGCAGCUUAAACUGGUGGAGGACAGUCUGGUCAAAGUGCGCAAUGCAGCAACAGAACAGGACUUAGGAAUCCAGUAUAAGGCCUUGAAACCAGAGGUGGACAAGCUGAACAUGAUGGCUGCAAAGAGACAGCAGGAGCUAAAAGAUGUCCAUCACAAGGACCAAAUGGCUGCUGCGCGCGGAGUGCUACAAAGGAACAUCCCCAUGCUGUACACAGCAUCCCGUGCCUGCCUGCAGCAUCCUGACGUGGCAGCCUACAAGGCUAACCGUGACCUGAUCUACAAACAGCUGCAGCAUGCAGUCUCCGGAAUCUCCAACGCUGCCCAGGCCACAUCCACCGAAGACUCAGCACUCAAUCAGCCAGCUGGAGGUGGAGAGCUUGCUUAUGCCCUCAACAAUUUUGAUAAACAAAUAAUUGUGGAUCCUCUGGCGUUCAGCGAGGAGCGCUUUCGUCCUUCUCUGGAGGAGCGCCUUGAAAGCAUCAUCAGUGGGGCUGCCCUCAUGGCUGACUCUUCAUGCACACGUGAUGACCGCAGGGAGCGGAUCGUGGCUGAAUGCAAUUCUGUGCGCCAGGCUCUCCAGGACCUCCUUUCUGAGUAUAUGGGCAAUGCGGGAAGGAAAGACCGAAGCGAUGCUCUGAACACUGCCAUUGACAGGAUGACAAAGAAGACCAGAGACCUUCGCAGACAGCUGCGUAAGGCUGUGAUGGACCAUGUCUCUGACUCUUUCUUGGAGACCAAUGUCCCCCUCCUGGUCCUGAUCGAAGCUGCCAAGAAUGGCAACGAGAAAGAAGUCAAGGAAUAUGCACAGGUGUUCCGCGAGCAUGCCAACAAGUUGAUUGAGGUGGCCAACCUGGCAUGCUCCAUUUCCAACAACGAGGAGGGAGUAAAGCUGGUCCGCAUGGCAGCUUCUCAACUGGAAACUCUAUGCCCCCAGGUGAUUAAUGCAGCACUGGCCCUCGCUGCCAAGCCCAACAGUAAGGUGGCCCAGGACAAUAUGGAUUUGUUCAAGGAUCAGUGGGAGAAGCAGGUCCGCGUCCUGACUGAUGCUGUUGAUGACAUAACAUCAAUUGAUGACUUCCUUUGUGUGUCCGAGAACCACAUCCUAGAGGAUGUGAAUAAGUGUGUCAUCGCGCUACAAGAGAAGGAUGUUGAUGGCUUGGAUCGUACAGCUGGAGCAAUCCGAGGCCGGGCUGCCAGAGUUGUCCAUGUGGUCACUUCUGAAAUGGACAAUUACGAACCUGGUGUCUACACUGAGAAGGUUUUGGAGGCCACUAGGCUCCUCACUGACAUAGUCAUGCCACGGUUCACAGAGCAAGUGGAGUCCGCGGUGGAGGCCUUGAGUGCAAACCCCUCACUACCUGUGGAGGAGAACGAAUUCAUUGAUGCGUCCCGUCUGGUGUAUGAUGGCAUUCGCGACAUACGCAAGGCUGUCCUCAUGAUCAGAACCCCUGAAGAAUUGGAUGACUCCGACUUUGAGACUGAUGACAACGAUGCACGCAGCAGGACAAGCGUCCAGACGGAGGACGACCAGCUUAUUGCCGGCCAGAGUGCACGUGCUAUCAUGGCCCAGUUGCCCCAGGAACAGAAGGCAAAGAUUGCAGAGCAGGUGGCUAGCUUCCAGGAAGAGAAGAGCAAGCUGGAUGCAGAGGUGUCCAAGUGGGAUGACAGCGGCAAUGACAUCAUUGUGUUGGCUAAGCAGAUGUGCAUGAUCAUGAUGGAAAUGACAGACUUCACCAGGGGUAAAGGACCACUGAAGAAUACAUCUGAUGUCAUCAGUGCUGCCAAGAAAAUUGCAGAAGCUGGAUCAAGAAUGGACAAGCUGGGCCGCACCAUUGCUGACCAGUGCCCUGACUCUUCCUGUAAGCAGGACCUGCUCGCCUACCUGCAGCGGAUUUCCUUGUAUUGCCACCAGCUCAACAUCUGCAGCAAAGUCAAGGCUGAAGUUCAGAACCUGGGAGGAGAGCUGGUUGUCUCUGGGUUGGACAGCGCCAUGUCCCUCAUUCAGGCUGCAAAGAACCUGAUGAAUGCUGUGGUAUCCACCGUCAAGGCCUCCUACGUCGCCUCUACCAAGUACCAGAAGAACAGAGGCAUGGAGGCCCUGAAUAUGCCUGCAGUCUCCUGGAGGAUGAAAGCGCCUGAGAAGAAGCCUCUGGUGAAGAGGGAGAAGCAGGACGACGGGCAGGCCAAAGUCAAGAGAUCCUCCCACAAGAAGCAUGUCAACCCUGUGCAGGCUCUGAGCGAAUUCAAAGCCAUGGAUAGCAUCUAGACACACUUCACUGAUUUAAGAAAACACAAGUUUGUGACCAAUGAAUUUAAACUAGAGCUGUUUAUUGUAUCAAAGAGAAGGCCUGUUGUCUCUGUUUGAUCCACUAUAUUCCCGCACUGCCUCCUUCCCAUUCCAUAAGUUUGGAUUUUGCUCUAAAUGUUAGCAUUAACAACUGGACCAGGCUUUUUCCUUUCACGUGUUCUGGAGGACAUAGAGUGGAUUUAAUUCAUGUAGAAACUAAUUCCAAGAGGCUUUUGAUAAUUUUGUGUUCUAACCAGUUUUAUAGUAAAACUAUUGGGUCGAUGGUUUUCCAUUAUUUUUUUUAUUUUGGCAAACUGUUUCCUGUACUGCAAAUAUCAGCUAUGCAAAAUAUCAUCUGCCUUGCAUUUAUCUUGAGCGAUAACUGUAGUUAUUCUGGAUGUUCUGAGUUAAACUGGUGAAUUUUAAACAUGUUUUGGUUCCUCGUAACAAACCGGCCUCAGGCUGUUUCCAUGUGUGCCUGCAUUUUUAAAACUUCAUACACGUUUUGUUCGUCACGCCGCUAUAAACAGCUCAAAUGAAACGAAACUAACCCCGAUGUUAUUUUCACUUCUUUGAUUUGUCUCCUUUUUGCAUUCGGCCUGUUAAAUGUCAUUUAUUUAUAAAUUUAUCAUCUCAAAUCAUGUUUUGAUAUCUGCUAAACCAAAGGUGACAAAUUGUCCUUUCUUUUUCUUUUCUUUUUUUCUUUGUAAGUGGUAUGCGAGUUUGAUCCAACACUAAGGGCACACACACCAGUUUAGUCACAAUUUGUAAAUUAGCCUAAACUGUGUCUGGGAGAACCCAGUGAACUACAGAAUGAGUCUGUACGUCCCAAGCCGACAAGCUUCAUUAGCAUCAGUGAAAGCAAGCACCUCCACAUUCUAAAGCCGUUCAAUUUAGACGAUCAAUAUCAUUUUCUCUUCGCAGCUUAGACUUUGGAGAUGCAAUUUAACUGCCAUUAAAUGCUUAUUGUUUGUAUUACUUGUCGUUGAGCCUGAACACUAAUCAGAAUUUUAUGUCAGUCAUAUUCUUAAUAUAAAACCCAGAAACAGCCUUUAGAUGUUCAUGCUUUAAAGAAGAAAAUGUCUUUGGUUUCUGUUUUGUUUUUACUUCAAGUAAAAUCAGCGGGAUGGAGUUGUUCUGUGUAGCGUGUUUUCUACUCAUGCACACACACUGUGCUUCAGAACCAGAGUGGUACAUUGGUCUACAACAAGGCUUUGAAAUCCUGCUGCUUUGGUCUUGGAGAUGACACCUUGUUUUCUAGGCUAACAUCUGUGAACUCUUGCAGGAUGAGUGUUUGUUUAUUUGACAAGUGGAUUUUUAUAAGGUAGCAUUAUUUCCUCUCCUCAGUCUUCAUCUUUCCUUCUGUUUUGAUUUGGAUCUUGAGUGACAUCACACUAUUUUGCUGUGUAUUUUUUUUCUUUUUUAUUGAGAGUUGACUUUAUUAGUGCACACCAUUCUUAUUAAUAAUGUGCCUGAUUUAUAUCUUAAAUAAACAAUUAGUCCAGUC